AUGUCAGCACCACAAACACCUCGUCUUAAAUCAAAAUUAUCGUUGGAUAUACCACCUUCAAGUUAUUCGGAUUUUAACUCUCCAAUUUCUCCCUCUUCUCCCUUUAAUCCUAUACCUUCCCCAACUCUUUCUGGCUCAUGGUAUGUAAAUAAAUCUCAGGCCGAACUUACCGCAUUAGUUAAAGAGGCCUAUAACUUUAUAAAAGAAAAGGAAAGAGAUCUUACGUUAGCAGCAGAAAUUGGGAAAAGUCUUUUAGAAAACAACAUUGCUUUAAAAGCAAAAUAUGAAGUACUUUUAGGUCAAUACCAAAAUCUACAAAGACAACAACAAAAGGCGGCCGCCAUCGCAUUACAAGCUAAUGCCAUUAAAAAACCAUCAGCUGUGCCCAUAGCUCGACCAAACAGUUCGCUGGAUCCUUUUAUGGGAGAUACCAGUGACUUUGAGGAAAGUGAUACAGAUUCAAUUAAUAAUGGGUACGCCAGUUCUACUGAUAUGCAUUCAUCAACAGCUUCUAACAAUUUGGAUAUUGAAAGUAUUAAUGAAUUGGAAUCGAGAAAUCAAGAUCUUCAAACGAGACUCGAUGAAGUAAUAAAAGAAUUCGAUGAAUCCGAUAAAUCCAAUAAAGCAAAAAUACGUAAACUAGAAGCUGAUUUAAAACAUUAUCGGGAUGAGUAUUCUCUAGCAACGCAAAAAAUUGAAGAUCUUGAUAAUGAAACUAAACGCCUGAUUCAAAAACAAACAUCGGAUUUUUGGAAAACAAAAUACGAUAAAAAAUCAUCUAAAAAUGACGAAUUUAUUGAAAUUCUAGUGAAUAAAGUGGCUGAAUUGGAAGAACAAAAUCAUAAUAUUGAAAGGGCGAAAGCUGAAACUGAAAAAAAAUUGUCUAGAGUCAUAGGAGAACUGGACAUGUUACAAGAAGAAUUUAAUGAACUGGUCGACCAAUCUAAAAACUACGACAUAUUACAAUUAGAAAAUCAAGAACAAUCACAACUUAUCAUUCAACUGAGAGAUCGUUUAGAAGAAGAACAAUCAAAGGUUGUUAGCUUGAGGUCAGGAAUACUGUAUUCAAGAUCCAAUUCGAGAUCAAAUUCAUUUUCAGAAAAUGCAUUAAGGAGAUUGAGUGAUCCAGAUAGAAUGAGAUCGUUGUUUGGAACAGUGCCACAAACACCAACAGGACCAACACCUUCAUCAAGUGGUAACGGAGGAGGCGGAUUGGGUGGACUAGGAGGCAAAAUCAAACGGACUUUACUUUCAGAAUUGGAAAAUGAAUGGUUUAGAGAAUUAACAUUGUUUCAACGUGAUAUUAAGAAAUCAGGAGGAAAUGACGAUGGAUCACCGCCGUUUUCGCCAGUUUUAUCAGAAAGAGCCCUGUCAGACUAUUUCUUAAAUAAUGGAUCACAUGUAGAUGAUGAUGAUGUAUCAAAUAUUGAUUAUUUAUCAGAGUUUAGCUUCAUUGAAGAAUUCGAUACAGACAAUGAGAAAGCAAUAAGAAUAAGAGAAUGGUUUUGGAGAAGGUGGGCAAGGAAUGUCUAUCUAUUCUUUAGAUUAAUCUGGAGAUGGAUUAAAUUUAUUCUAAUCUUGAUUGCAGCCAAUAUAAUGGCAAUAUACCGUGGACCUGAUGAUAUUCUACCUGAUGAUAUGUAA